UCAUAUAUUAUAAGAGCAGCGCGCUCCAAGAAGUGCUUUCCUUCCUUUUGCCCCUCAGUCCAGGAGGCAGUAAUGUGAGAAUAUACAUCAGUCGUGGGAACAAAUAUACGCAUUGCUUACGAUGAUUAAACUACGUCCCGAGAUAGACGAAGAAAAUACCCGAUAUGUGAAUGGCGGCGCUCCCCCGCAGCCGUUUCUGGUGAUGCUCCCGCCAAAAGAGUCUUUGCCGACCAUCCGAACCGAACGGCUUUGUCUCCGGCCGGUAACACUUGAUGAUGCACAGGCAGUUUGGGAUGCAAGGUCGAAAAAGUCGGAGUGGCUUUCGCCGUAUACGUCCAGUGACGAGAUGUACCAGUGGCUGAAUAGAAAGACGUUCACGGAACCUGCAGCUGCGGUAGGACUCAUGUUUCAAUUUGUGAUAGUGCUGGGACAGAAUCCUGCGGGGAAAGUGAUUGGAUGUCUGGGCAUGAACACCGUGUAUCCAGUGCCGAAUAUUGGAUAUUGGGUGGGCGAGGAAUAUUGGGGGAUGGGGUACAUGUCAGAGGCGCUGGCUGGCCUCAUGGCUAUGUGGUGGACAUUCCCGAGGCGCAAACGGGUGUCUGACGAGGAGGAGAGGAGGGAGGGAUGGGAUGGUAAGGAGAGGGUGUUUGCAACUGUGAAUAAGAGGAACCUGCCAAGUCUCAGGGUGCUGGAAAAGAACGGGUUUCGGGUGUAUCUCGAUAAGACAAUGGCCGAUGGGGAGGUGCUGUGCUGCGCAGCGGCGGAGCGACCGGAGUUGUCAUGCGACAUGGAGCAAAGCUAUACGGGGAAGAAAGGUUAUUCCGUUUCCGCCGGGCUUUUAAGUUGA